AUGUCCUCAGAAAGAGAAUACCUUUACACGUUUGACGAGAACGACGACGACCCCACGCUCAUGGUCAUCACCCCGCCCCUGUGCACACAAUCACCCGAGGGUCAUAUUGACGCAUAUGGUCGAACAUACGCCAAGUUCCCAUCCUUCUUUGGCCUCUGCUACGCUGUCUCCACGAACCACAUAGUCGACAUGUGCAAGCGCACUGGCGACGGGUACUACGGUGACCGCUGCUUCACGAUCAUCAAGUUCUUCGAACGACUGGAGGCAGCCACCGGAGUGAACCGCGACAACGGCAUCCAUCGGGUGGAGCUUCCGAGUGGAUAUAUCGCAUACCUUCUGGUCAUCUCCUGCUCGGAUCAGCUAGAGACUUUACCGCACCCUAAGAAUCGGAUUCAAAAGUUCAAGCAAGUUCUGCACACCAACAGAGAUCCCAUCCCGCGCAAACUUGGUCAGCCCAGGAUGCCCUGUAAACACGCCCAGCUCCCGGUCAUGGAGAUUCAGUGCCCCGUCGUUCCCCACUGGAUUUGGUCUCUUGAGCGCGUCGCCCGAGCACGUGGCACGAAGCUCCGUGGCUCCGGCGGAUCCCACGAACGCGCCUUGUUCCCUACCCUCAUCUCCCCCGUUGCACCGAGAGAAAUGGCUUCCCUCUCCACCGUGCCGACAUCCUCCGCUGGAAAAGGUACCUUCACCUUCGACGAGAACGAGGAUCCUCGUCUCAUGGUCAUCACACCACCCAUGUACAAUCAAACACCCGUGCCGCACACCGACUCGCAUGGUCAGACCUACUUCCAGCUGCCUCCAUACUAUGGUCUUUCCUACGUUGUUACGACCAACAACAUCUACAACAUCUGCAAGCGCACUGGCGACGGGUUCUACGGCGAUCGCUGCUUCACCAUCAUGCAGUUCUUCGAACGACUGGAGGCUGCCACCGGGAUUUAUCGCGACCACGGACUUCACCCUUACGAGCUUCCGGAUGGGCGUACCGCCUAUAUUCUUUUGAUCUCUAGCUCAGACAAACCAGACACCGUCCCACGCCCUGCUGCACGGAUCCAGAGGUUCAAAAGGAUAUUGCAUACGAAGCAAGAACCCGUAGUGCGCUCAUUCACACAGCCGAAGAAUUCCCUCUCCGAGCUUUCCCUGUCCUCUCCUAUUUUACACGAAUUCUUCUUCUCGAAAACCUUAUGUAUAAUGCGUGCGAAACUGCAGAGUGAUCGUCUUUCACUGCUCAUCGUUCAUAUCGCAGAGUUCACGUCGACGGUAAAGCAACGAUGCUUGAGGGAAACCUGGACUCUCAACGAGAACGACGACGUUCGACGCACUGUCAUCACGAAAGGGAUGAUCGGUCAAAGGCGCAACCUGCAUCAAGAUUCAUUUGGUCGCCACUACUGGCAAUUCCCCGACUACCAUAGCCUCUCCUACGUCACCUCCACGACGAACAUCUAUCACGAGUGCAAGAAGAGGCGCGUCGAUCACAAUGGCCAGAGAAUCUUUUACGGCGACCGGUGCUUGACUGUGUACAAAUGGCUUGAGCGCUUGGAGGCCGAGCUUGGUGUUACGGAGGGUAAUGGCCUGUACAAGACCGAGCUCGAUGAUGGGCGGCUUGUCUACGUGCUUGUCGUUGCUGCUUCUGAAAAGCCGGAAACCGUGCCGCGCCCUGCCGCGCGCAUCGAGGCGUUCAAGAAAUUCCUGAACACGAAAAAAGAACCCAGGGGGCGUCGAAUGAUUCAGCCCAGAGGAGUAAACUUGUGGCCAUUUGCUCCCGUGGCAUUUGGCUCCGCGAUGGGUGCCCAUCAUUUCCCACGUCCGUACCUUGUCCCGAACCUUUACAUCGCACGCCACAUCGACAUGUCUUCGGCCAGAGCGCCCACCUGCACGCUCGACGAGGACGACGAGGACAUCACGCUCAUGGUCAUCACUCAGCCCUUGUGCAAACAGACCCCCGAGGUUCACCGCGACUCGGACGGCGCUCCAUACACCCAGAUGCCGUCUUUCUUCGGUCUUUGCUACGCCACCACCACAAACAACAUUUACAACAUGUGCAAGCGCACCGGAGACGGCUUCUACCGGGAUCGCUGCUUCACGCUCAUCAAAUUCUUCGAUCGACUCGAGGAAGCUCUUGGUUUAAGCCUUGACAACGGCAUCCAUAGGGUAGAGCUUCCGAGUGGGCUUAUUGCUUAUGUGCUCGUAGUCUCCUGCUCGGACAAGGCGGAGACCCUCCCGCGGCCCGCGGCUCGAAUUCGGAAGUUCAAGGCCCUUUUACACACCGAGAGAGAACCGGUUCCGCGGCAGCUCGUUCAGCCUAGAAUGCGUCGCCUGUCAUCUCUCCAAAUCUUGCGCACUCACUCACCGGUCUUCAGAUGUACGCGUAACAGUAUGGAGAGAGCCUCCACAUGGACAUGCGACGAGAAUGAUGAAGACGUCCGCCGCAUGAUCAUCACACCCGGGAUGAUCAGCCAAAAAGCAAAUAUCCACCGAGACUCGCUCGGUCGUCCCUACUCACAACUCUCCGACUACCAUGGCCUUUGCUACGCCAUCACGCCAUCCAACAUAUACAACAUGUGCAAGGCCAGGCCGAAAGACCGCGAAGGCAACAAGUGCUUCUACGGUGACCGGUGCUUCACCAUCUACAAAUGGUUCGAGCGAUUGGAGGAAGCGACGGGUAUAUUUCGCGGGAAGGGCUUGUACGAAUGCGCGCUCGAUGACGGGCAGCCGAUGAUGAUACUCGUCAUUUCCUGCUCGGAUAAACCGGACACCAUCCCACGCCCCGCGGCGCGCAUCAAGGCAUUUAAGGAUUUCCUGGGCACCAAAAGGGAACCAAUGGUCAAGCGUUUUGUGCAGCCUAGGAACAUGGACACAUUCUCAAGCUCGCCGGCAUCUCACGAACACCAGUCUACUUGGACCUGCAACGAUGACGAUCCCGACAUCCGACGCAUGGUCAUCACUUGCGGCAUGAUAAACCAGAAAGCUGAGGCGCACCGUGACUCGCUUGGACGCCAUUACUGUCAGCUUCCCUCUCAUUAUGGCCUUUGCUACGGCAUCACGCCGUCGAACAUAUACAACAUGUGCAAGGCUAUCCCGAUGGAUCGCGACGGCAAGCAAUGCUUCUACGGCGACCGAAAUGGCUUGCACGAAUGCCAGCUCAAAAAUGGGCAACCAGCUAUGUUGAUGAUCAUCGCUUGCUCGAACAAGCCGGAGACCGUUCCACGUCCCGCUGCUCGCAUUGAGGCAUUCAAGACAUUUCUUUGCAUUGAGCGAGACCCGGUGGUGCGCAGGCUCAACCAGCCCAAAAUGUACGGCCUCUAA